CCCAACUCUAGAGGAUCCGAUUUCCCAACCCGAUUGUCGACCCGACCAAUCACUGGAUUAGAAAAAGCGAGAAAAUUUUUGCUCGCAAAACGUGAACGGCCACCAUUUAUUACUUCUCAACCCCAAGUCGUCAUCCACAAUAUUUAUCACAUUUUGCUACCAUUCCCCUUCCCGGGCCCCACCAAUCUCCGCAGCACCGCCGCCGUCUCCUUCUCCAUACCCUCCGUCCGAAGCUUCACGAUAAAAAAGGAAACGCGUACAUACAUACGCUCAAGAAGCAGGGGACAGCUAAGGUGCGCGCUUGACACUUGUCCACCUUUUUCCCCUUGUCGGUCGCAUUUGAUUCGUGAAUUCGCCGUUGAGAUCCAUUCCCGAUCUUUUAAUCGGGCUGCGCCGGCGAAUUCGAGUGGGCGGAGGAAGGCCGCAGAGAAGGAGGCGACCCCGGCGUCGGAUCCAGAGGAGAAAAAACCAGAGACGUGUAGGGCGGAGAAGAACGGCAAGUGGUCCUGCGUGGACAGCUGCUGCUGGUUAAUCGGGUGCAUAUGCGUCGUGUGGUGGGGGCUUUUGUUCAUGUACAACAUGAUGCCUUCUAGCUUCCCGCAGUACGUGACGGAGGUGAUAACUGGGCCGAUGCCGGAUCCGCCGGGGGUGAAACUGAAGAAAGAGGGCUUGGAGGCUAAGCAUCCGGUGGUUUUCGUGCCCGGGAUUGUGACCGGAGGGCUCGAGCUGUGGGAGGGGCAUCAGUGUGCCGAGGGCCUUUUCAGAAAGAGGCUUUGGGGAGGCACACCUCUAUGUUGGGUGGAUCAUAUGUCACUGGAUAACGAAACUGGCUUGGAUCCUUCUGGUGUAAGAGUUAGGCCCGUCACUGGUCUUGUCGCUGCAGAUUACUUCGCUCCAGGAUAUUUUGUCUGGGCAGUUCUAAUCGCUAAUCUUGCAAGGAUUGGAUAUGAAGAGAAAAACAUGUACAUGGCUGCAUAUGAUUGGAGGCUUUCAUUCCAGAACACAGAGGUGCGUGACCAGACACUGAGCAGAAUAAAAAGUAAUAUUGAACUUCUGGUUGCUACCAAUGGCGGGAACAAGGCAGUAAUUAUUCCCCAUUCCAUGGGUGUUCUGUACUUUUUGCAUUUCAUGAAGUGGGUUGAGGCACCUGCUCCAAUGGGUGGAGGGGGUGGACCAGAUUGGUGUGCCAAACAUAUUAAGGCUGUAAUGAACAUUGGUGGGCCCUUUCUAGGUGUUCCGAAAGCUAUUUCUGGGCUUUUCUCUGCAGAAGCUAGAGAUAUUGCCGUUGCCAGGGCCAUGGCUCCGGGUGUUCUGGAUAAGGAUUUAUUUAGAAUCCAAACACUACAGCACAUAAUGAAAAUGACUAGGACAUGGGAUUCAACAAUGUCAAUGAUUCCGAAAGGUGGAGAUACAAUUUGGGGCGAUCUUGACUGCUCACCCGAAGAAGGCUAUGUUCCAACUAAAAGAAAGCAAAGUACCAACAAGACCGAGAACUCAGCACAUACUGAAGAUGGGAGUAUUGAAUCUGAAGCAAAACAUGUUCAUUAUGGAAGAAUUAUAUCAUUUGGAAAAGACACAGCGGAGGCAGAUUCUUCUAAGAUCCAGCGGAUUGAUUUUAGGGAUGCCGUGAAAGGUAACAAUGUUGCAAAUAACACCUGUCGUGAUGUGUGGACAGAGUACCAUGACAUGGGUAUUAGCGGCAUAACAGCAGUAGCUGAGUACAAAGCUUAUACUGCUGGAGAUCUUUUGGAUCUGCUUAAUUACGUUGCCCCUAAACUGAUGCAACGCGGUAGUGCUCACUUUUCAUAUGGGAUAGCUGAUGAUUUGGACGACCCCAAGCUACCCAAUGCUCCCGACAUGGAAAUUUUCACCAUGUACGGAGUCGGGAUCCCUACCGAGAGAGCUUAUGUCUACAAACAGAUCCCGGCCGCCGAUUGCUACAUUCCGUUUCAGAUAGACACGUCCGCCGAAGGAGAAGACGAGGACGCGUGCCUGAAAGACGGCGUUUUCACGGUCGACGGUGAUGAGACCGUGCCAGUUUUGAGCGCCGGCUUCAUGUGCGCGAAAGGGUGGCGUGGGAAAACCCGUUUCAAUCCCUCAGGAAUCAAGACCUACGUGAGGGAGUGUGACCACGCCCCACCAGCAACACUGCUCGAGGGGCGAGGGACACAGAGUGGGGCCCACGUGGAUAUAAUGGGGAAUUUUGCGUUGAUCGAGGAUAUCAUGAGGGUCGCUGCUGGUGCCACUGGGGAGGAUUUGGGAGGCGACCGUGUUUAUUCAGACAUCUUCAGGUGGUCGGAGAAGAUCGAUUUGCCUUUGUAAGUUUGACUUGCCUGUCUGUAAAUUACACGCGUGUCUAAGUGGCGUUCGUUCGGGGGGCAAAUGUUGAGAGCUACGAAUUUCAAGCGAGCUCGAAUCAUAUCCGGUUUAUUAUGAAAAGUCUCUCCUUGAAGUUUAGUCUGGUUACGUGAAGGGCCCGGGUAAUGUGCUAAUAUUUAUGAAUCCCAAUUGAUAAUUGGUACAGUUUUCACUAGAUGCGGCUGGUUAGUGGAGUUGUUUGUUGGGAAAGAUACGUUAAACGGGUGUGUUUCACUAUUUGUAUGGGAAAUAAUUUGGUUUUCUUUUCAAUGCCCAAAGGAGCAUAAUGUGUGAUCGUCGUCUUUAAAUUGAUUUGAAACUUUUUAUAUGUCAUGUUUUGAGAAAUGCUACGGUUCCGUUACGGAAACAUUUCGUCGGGAUUUGUAACCGUUUGAUCAUCAUGUAAUCGUCGGGAUAGUUGAUUUAUUUCGUUUGGAUAAAGUUGUUGAUUACGCUCGAUAUAUGGAAAGAAAUAAACUACGUAUCCAUUAAUUCUUGGAUCUGUUUUGCAUGAAAAAUCUCAGACAAAGACCGAGGAGGUAGGAAAAGAGGUAAAUUGCAUGGGCAUACUAGGGAAGAAAGGGCCUAAUUGGAAACUUACUCCCACCGGGCUCGGUUGAACCCUAAUGUGUUGUACUUCAAAGGAGUUUGUGUCGAAUCCGAACGAGAGAUCACGAUUUCUUUAUCCCGAACGAGAAUCCCACUGUUCGGGCACACUGCAGGAGAGUUUGGGUUGAAUAAUCCGAACUAGAGACCACGAUUUCUUUAUCCUGAAUGAGAGUUCCCGCGGUUCGGGACCAACAAAGAUAAGGAAUAUAUUGAGGCUUUCAAAGGUUUCAAAGUUUUAAGGCUACCCUCCAAACAGGGCCACAACAGGUUCAAUUUCUUGAUGCGUAUACGUCUUCCCUAACACCAGACACAGUCUUGUCCCUAGUCGAGAAACUCGGAUCGGCUUCCUGAGUUUAACUCAUGCCACCUCCAGGCAGAACGGGUGAGUUACGGAAAAUUUUCGUGUCUCGAGAUUCAAAAUUGACUUCAAAUUUUCGUGUCCCUAACACCUGAAAGUGAUGCAUUUAUACAACAAAUCUUAAGCACCUAAGUUCUGAAGCUAUUAGUCUUAUCUUGCAAAUCAACUCUAGAUAGAACGACCGUAACUUACAAAUAAAAACGAGUUCAACGGAAAGAGAGGUGACAAUAAUAAACAGCAUUGCACUAAAAGAGGUAACAACUAACAAUAUGUACAUUGCUUUCUUCAUCUCCUUUUACAGCAUCUUAAUAAUUUACAUGCUUAUUUCCCACGAACAUCGAUGAACACCGCUUAUGCAAACAAUGAAACUACUGAAAGAACAGCCCUUCUCUUCCUUACCUCGUAAACAAACAAUCGAACUCCUUUUUUUCCAUUUCUUCCAACACUUUACUUCACAUUGCGGCCACCGAGCCCAACCGCCAAGCCACCGCCACUGGACUCCUCACUCGAUGACCACCGCCAUCACUCCAUUCGAUGGACCCGAACGAAGUCCUAAUCCCACCCACAAUUUCCAUUCCCAAAUCACUCAAACUCACACUACUCUUGAACGUAACCUCGUAAGACAACUCACUCACUUUCUCACUAAAAACCAACUCAACCGGAUGCACAUUCACCUCCACUCCCGGCGGAGCCUCCACCUUCACCCGAUAAACAUUAUUCGUCUCCUUCCCGACAUUUUUCACCGUCCUCUUGUACUUCACCACGCCAACACCGCUUGAAAAGACAACCGAAAAGGACGGGUAGUUAAGAUUCCCUGGAGUUUUUAACCCUAACUCAUCGCAAUCCACGGAGGCGCUCGUGAAAACCGAUAUCCUCCUCGGAUUAUAACCGAUCGUGCACAAAAACGCCACGUAAUCAAUCGUCUUGAUAUCGUACACUAGACCCGGGUCGAGGGAUUUGUUCGGGUCGACAUGGCCCGAGCCGUGAACGAACGGGUUCGACUCGGUUCCGGUGGCAAGGUCCGUGAUGUUCCGGCCAUUAUCGUCGAUGUUGUAAGCGGUUGUCAUGAGGGCCGAUUUGAUGGCGGCCGGAGAAAAUUCAGGGUGGGCUUUCCGGAGAAGGGCGGCCAAGCCGCUCACGUGGGGGCACGACAUGGACGUGCCAGAAAUUAUGUUGAACUCGACUUUCCGAGUGUCGGAAUCUAAGUCGGUUGGGCCAACGUAGCCCGUCCAGCCGGCUAGAAUGUUGACGCCAGGGGCAAUUACGUCCGGUUUGAGAAUUUCGGCGGUUCGGUAGCUCGGCCCGCGGCUCGAGAAAGAAGCCACGCGUGGGGCUGGUGGGCUGGGCCCGAUGACUGUCCCACGGAAAAUUAUAGUGGCGGUUGGGUUUGGAUCCGAGCGUGCGUAGGCCCGUAUUUUGUCUCCGGCGGUCGAGCCAACCAUGGUGGCCGGAAUAAAGUGAGCGUCGGCUAAGAGCUCUUCGCCGCUGUCCGCCAGGUUGGCCAUUAUCAUGCCGGCACCUCCGGCGAGGUGGACGGCACUGCCUUUCUCCACCCUGGCGUUGACACCUCUGUCGCAGAUGACGAUUUUUCCGGCGACUUUUGCCGGAUUGAGGCUGCCGGAGUAGCAGUAACGGCUCCCACAGUCAGCGGCGUAAACCAAGGGAAGCGGUUUGUCUCCGAGUGGUUCGCCGGAGUAGAGGGAAACGCCGCCGAACGUACGUCCGUCUCCGAGUAUUACGUCGGCUGGGAACUCACGGUCGAGGGUUGAGGCCCCGACGGUCAAGAUCCAUGGCGCGAUGUUGACCGCUGUGUACGGAUCGGGUCCGGAAUUUCCUGCAGAGCACGACACCACUAUUCCGUGCUCAGUUGCGCCGAAAGCUCCGAUUGCGAUAGAAUCGUAGUCGUACUGAGGGGCGUAGCCGUUAGCGCCGACUGAGAGAGAAAUCACGUUCACGCCGUCGUCAAUCGCGUGCUCCAUCGCCGCCAGUAUAUCGGAAUCGUAGCACCCGAAGGUCCAGCAGAUCUUGUACACAGCGAUCCUGGCUUUGGUCGCCAUGCCUCUGGCUUCUCCUUUUGCGUAUCCGAACAAGCUGGCGUUCGCCACUCUAGAUCCGGCGGCGGUCGACGAUGUGUGCGAGCCGUGGCCUUCCGUAUCCCUUGGAGAUCUAGAUUCAUUCGAUUCCUCCAUCGUUUUGUCUCGCGAAGCUUCGUACCCUAAAUAGAACGCUUUUGCCCCGAUGAUUUUCCUGUUGCAGAGGGUCGCGGGAAAAUCGGGGGCGUCGACGCAGCUCCCCUUCCAGUCAGAAGGGACUGGGGAGAGGCCUUCGUCGGAGAAGCUCGGAAGCUCCGGCCAGAUUCCGGUGUCGAGGACACCGACGAUGACGUCAUCGGCGUAGUCGGAGUUCGGCCAGAGGCCAAACGUGUCCGCGAGGCCUAGAAAGUUGGGGGUGCGGGUGGUGUGGGGGUAGCGGACCGCGUCGGGGACGACGGAGACGACGCCGGGGGCGCGGCUGAGGGUGGCAGCCUGAGCGGCAGAGAGGCGGGCCGAGAAGCCGCGCACGGCGCGGUCGUAGGUGUAGAGGAUCUCCGCCGGGCGGCGGUGCGCGGGAAGGGAUUGGAUGAGGCUGGUGUACCAGUGGUGGUGGGUGGAGAAGGCCGACGGCUUGUGGGAUUUGGACACGUGGACGAUGAAGGUCUCCUGAUCGCCGGAGGUGUAGGCGGAGGGGAGGAGGUGGAGGAGGAGGAGGAGGAGUGAGAGAGAGAAGAAGGCCGUGUUUGGCGGAAGCUUCAUUUUUUUAAGGCGAAAUUGGUUUUUCCGAUUAGCUGAAGAGAGUCCAAUAAUAUUGGCAGCGUUUUGCGAUGGUGGGCUCUUAUUGGGGCACGUCGCGCGUUUUCAUUCGUGGGUAGACUUUUUUGGAAGAUAUUUUGAGUGUAAUUUUUGGAUAUAAUAAAUAAGAGGACAAAGUAAAAUUAAAUUAAUAGAUUAGAUAAUAGUAUGACUUUUGACG